UCCCUGCUGACUGAGAGCAAAGCAGAGAUCAUCCUGUCCUCCCCCUCUUCUGCAGACUGCCCGGAUAGACAGAGAGAGAGAUAGAGGAGGAUAGAAAGAGAGAGAUAGAGAGACCAGCAGAGAAUGAAGCUCCAUGCAAAGCUGAAAUAGCUUAAAUCUGAAUCUUCCUGCAUUAUUAUAACAGCGUGUUUUUAUUAUAGGGGGGUGGGCUGAGCACCCCUAUCCAGAAUAGAGUGACACUCGCUUUUACGCGCAGCGAGGAGGACAAUCCGCACACCAGCCAGGAUGGGGAACCGUGGCAUGGAGGACCUGAUCCCUCUGGUCAACCGCAUGCAGGAUGCCUUCUCUGCCAUCGGCCAGAAUGCCAACCUGGACCUGCCUCAGAUUGCUGUGGUGGGCGGGCAGAGCGCAGGGAAGAGCUCGGUGCUGGAGAACUUCGUGGGAAAGGACUUCCUCCCCCGUGGAUCUGGCAUCGUCACCCGCCGCCCCCUGGUCCUGCAGCUCAUCAACUGCCCCACAGAAUAUGCUGAGUUUUUGCACUGUAAGGGGAAAAAGUUCACAGACUUUGAUGAGGUACGGCAGGAGAUCGAGGCGGAGACGGAUCGGGUCACCGGGCAAAAUAAGGGCAUCUCUCCUGUGCCCAUUAACCUGAGGGUUUACUCUCCUAACGUUCUGAACCUGACUCUGGUGGAUCUUCCUGGAAUGACCAAAGUGCCAGUGGGGGACCAGCCUGCGGACAUCGAGCACCAAAUCAAGGAAAUGCUGAUGCAGUUCGUCACUAAAGAGAACUGUCUGCUGCUGGCUGUGUCUCCUGCCAACUCCGAUCUCGCCAACUCUGAUGCCCUGAAGAUUGCCAAAGAAGUCGACCCGCAAGGUCUGCGCACCAUCGGUGUGAUCACUAAGCUGGAUCUGAUGGAUGAAGGAACAGACGCUCGAGAUAUUCUGGAAAACAAGCUGCUGCCGCUGCGCAGAGGUUAUAUCGGUGUGGUGAACCGCAGUCAGAAGGAUAUUGAUGGGAGGAAGGACAUUAAUGCUGCUAUGGCUGCCGAGAGGAAGUUCUUCCUGACCCAUCCAGGCUACAGACACCUCGCCGACCGCAUGGGAACUCCGUACCUGCAGAAAACGCUCAACCAGCAACUGACCAAUCACAUCCGUGACACGCUGCCCGGGCUGCGCAGUAAGCUCCAGAGCCAGCUGCUGUCCAUUGAGAAGGAGGUGGAGGAAUACAAGAACUUCCGGCCAGAUGAUCCGUCCCGCAAGACCAAGGCCCUGCUGCAGAUGGUACAGCAGUUCUCUGUGGACUUUGAGAAGCGUAUUGAAGGAUCUGGAGACCAGAUUGACACAUAUGAGCUCUCAGGAGGUGCCAGGAUCAACCGCAUCUUUCAUGAACGCUUCCCUUUUGAACUGGUCAAGAUGGAGUUUGAUGAGAAGGAGCUACGCAAGGAGAUCAGCUACGCCAUCAAGAACAUUCACGGCAUCAGGACGGGCCUGUUUACCCCUGACCUGGCCUUCGAGGCCAUAGUGAAAAAGCAGAUCCAAAAGCUGAAGUCUCCGGUUCUGAAGUGUAUAGAUAUGGUAGUGAGUGAACUGACCUCCACCAUACGAAAGUGUAGUGAAAAGCUGGCCCAGUACCCUAUGCUGCGAGAGGAGAUGGAAAGAAUUGUCACGCAGCAUAUCCGUGACCGCGAGAGCCGCACCAAGGACCAGGUGAUGUUGCUUAUUGAUAUUGAGUUGGCCUACAUGAAUACCAACCAUGAGGACUUCAUUGGAUUUGCAAAUGCUCAGCAGAGAAGCAGCCAGAUAAACAAGAAGAAGGCACCCGGUAACCAGGAUGAGAUCAUGGUCAUCAGGAAGGGCUGGCUGACCAUCAACAACAUCGGCAUCAUGAAGGGCGGAGCUAAGGAGUACUGGUUUGUGCUGACGGCCGAAUCCCUGUCCUGGUACAAGGAUGAUGAGGAGAAGGAGAAGAAGUACAUGCUGCAGGUGGACAAUCUGAAGCUGAGAGAUGUGGAGAAGAGCUUCAUGUCCAGCAAGCACAUCUUCGCCCUGUUCAACACUGAGCAGAGGAAUGUGUAUAAGGACUACCGUCAGCUGGAGCUGGCCUGUGAGACUCAGGAGGAUGUGGACGGCUGGAAGGCCUCUUUCCUGCGGGCUGGUGUUUACGCAGAGCGUGUGGUGAGCGAUACCAGUGAGGAGAAUGGCUCGGAUAGCUUUAUGCACUCUAUGGACCCCCAGCUGGAGAGGCAGGUUGAAACCAUUCGUAACCUGGUGGACUCCUACAUGGGCAUCGUCAACAAGACGGUCCGCGACCUCAUGCCCAAGACCAUCAUGCACCUCAUGAUCAACAAUACGAAGGAGUUUAUAAACGCGGAGCUGCUGGCUCAGCUGUACUCGUGUGGAGAUCAGAACACUCUGAUGGAGGAGUCUGCAGAGCAGGCCCAGCACAGGGACGAGAUGCUGAGGAUGUACCACGCUCUCAGAGAGGCGCUCAGCAUCAUCGGAGACAUCAGCACCACCACCAUCUCCACCGCUCUUCCCCCGCCUGUGGACGACUCCUGGCUACAGGUGCAGCGCACCGGCUCCGGGGGAAGAUCUCCAGCUACUAGUCCCACUCCUCAAAGACGAGCCCCUCCUCCGGGACCCCCGGCUCGCCCCAGUUCUCGUGGCUCUGCCCCUGUGCCCCCUGCUGCGGGUGGGCCACCCGUGCCCUCUCGCCCUGGGGCCUCUCCCGACCCGUUCGGAGGGCCACCCCCUCAGGUGCCGUCCCGGCCUAAUCGCGCUCCCCCCAGCGUGCCCAGAAUUACAAUCAGUGACCAGUGAGGACCAGCGCGUCCGCGGUCCUUGAAGUCAUGGGCCGGAAGGCGGCAUCCAGCUAUCGUGAAGGCCGGACAUGCAAGGGCAGCCCUUCAUACCCUGAAAGCCCACUUUCUUCAUCUGAAUCCUCACUAUACCCCCUUUUCGCACCUUCUCUUCUUCUGUCUUCUCUUCUCUUCUCUCUUCUAUAUGACUUUACUCUUGGACUCCCUCCAGCUUCAGCACCAAGCAAAGCUAAACCCAAUCCCACCUUCACAGAAGAACGAGUGAUUAAACACUUGGGACAGAGAGAGAGAAAGAGAAAACUGGGAACCCACAGAGAAAUUCUGUACAUUUCCGUAUCUGCUAAAGGAUGGAUGGAUGUUUUUCAGCGUUCCUCACAAUGAGAGGAGGAGAAGGAAUGCUAUUGGCACACAGUUGAAGAAAUGCAGUGUGUUUCUGUUGUGUUUGUCUCUCUAUUUCUGAUCUUUUCUGUCUCCAAACCCUAAACCCAGUUGGACUGCUGUAACAUACAGGUUCUAAUCUUCUUUAAAUCUUAUAGAUGUGGAAACCUCUGCUGAAUGUAGACGUACCAUCAGUAACGCAACCAAACCACUGUUGCUCUGAAUUUCCUUAUAUAUGUUUAAAGCCACAUUUCCACAGACAUUUUUUUAAAAAACACUCCAGCAUUUUUCAGCCUGAUAUCUGUGUGCAUCCCAAUUGUGUACUACUAACUAAAACUAACUAGUACUAACUAUUUUUUAACUGAGCAUACUAAGUUAUUUAUGAUGCAAACUCAAAAUUUUGGUUUAAAAGUAGUUUUUAAAGUUCUUUGCUACUAGAAAAAGUGCAGAAAAACAUUAACUUGAAAACUUGAAACUCACGUUGAAAUAAAGCCAGUGGGCAUUUGCUCAAUUCCAGAAUAAACACUGUAAAUGACUCCAUCAAUUAUGCUCCAUCAAUAUCAGGUGUUAGAUAGAAACUUUAUCGCUCCUGAAGGAAAUUUAGGAAUAAACUAGACUGUGAAAACAUCAGAUCAAAGACAUCUUUUAAAGAUAAAAGAUAUGUAUCUUUCUUUUGAAAAUAAAAGAUGUGCCCUAAACUAUACCCUAUUCACUAUAUAGUGCACUACUUGAAGGUUUCAUCUUUUUGUUUCGACGUGUGUAAAAGAAAGAGGCCCUGUCUUAAUAUUAAACAUAAACCUUAAGGGACAGGUAAAGACAUCCUGAGCAUUUAAGCUGAAAGUGCAUUUUUAUGAAGUUGUCAAAGGCCAGGUGAAACAGGUGUUAGCGUUCAAGCUGUGAAACUGGACCCCUGUUCACUAUAUAGUGUUUACUGUAUUCCUAAAUUUGCUUCAGGGUCAAGUACCUACUGACUGACAGACCUAUGUUAUUUCCUACUUACCUACUGACCUACCUACCAUGUGACUAACCUACUGACCUACCUAACAUUCGACCUACCUACAUUCCUGCCGACCUAACAUCUGACCUACCUACAUUCCUGCUGACCUACCAAUCAACCUACUGACCUACCAACCAUCUGACCUACCUACAUUCCUGCUGACCUACAAUUUGACCUACCUAACUAUCAACCUACUGACCUGCCUACCAUCCGACCUACCUACUGACCUACCUAACAUCUAACCUACCUACCAACGUACUCACCUACUUUCCUACUUACUUACUCACCAACCUACCUACCAUCCGGCCUACCUACCCACCUACCUACCUACCAUCUGACCUAUCUACCAACCUACUGACCUAACUACUUACUUUCCUAUUGACCUACUCACCUACCUACCUACUUUCCUACUUACCUACCAUUCGAUGUUCCUACCUACCUUCCUACCGACCUACCUACCAUCCGACCUCCCAACGUUCCUACCUACCAUCCUUCCUAUCUACCAACCUAACUUCUAACUACUGACCAAUCUAUAUAACAACAUAACUAACACCCUAUUUACCUAUUUAUCUCUCUAACUACUAACCUACCUAUCUAUGUAUCUACCAACUGACGACCUAUCGACUAACCAACGUACCUACCUAAUGACUUUCUUUCAGACUAACUUACUUUGGUGUUGUUAAUUUUGCAGUGGUGUCCAAAAACCAAGGCCCGGUCCCAAUUCUCACCCUAAACCCUAAGCCCCUCCCAGAAGUGCACUUUUAUCAAGUUGUCACUUGUGUACAACACUGCUGCUUAAACACCAGAUAUCACAGUUGCCCUGAUGCUCAGUUGAGAUUCCCAUUGCAGCCUAGAGCCUGAUCCUUUGCCUGAGUCUAAUAUUUCUGGAAUUGAGGUCCCCUGCUCUCUAUUACAAGUAUGUUUCAUACAAGUAUGUCUUUUCUAAGAACAGGAAACUGCUUUUGGUGGUAAUCGGCCAUACUAAACCUCUUAUACAUUGAUGCUUCAUGUUCUUAGGUAGCAUCAAGAAGAUUCCACCACCAUUGAAAGUCACUUAUACAGAGUACCGAUAGACAAGUGAUCAGUCUUAAAUGCUGGAGUGUUUCCUUCAUAGUCAUCUUUUCCCCUUACUUAACACUGCAGGUAAACUUUCUAGACCAUAUUGUGGAUGUGCUGUGUGUGAAUGUGUGUCCACUGUCCUAACAAUUCUCUGAGACUCCACCUCUCCACGUAGCUAAAUCAGUAUAUUCAGUGAGGCGGGAUCUAUAUGGAACGUGCAAUAACUUCAGAGGUCGGCCUUCUCACGGGCUAGCCAACUCUCACACCAUGUAACACACAGUAGAACUGGAGUCUGUGAAGGUAAACACACGUUCUUUGGUGGUUCUCAGAGUUUAUGUGGCCCCUAUCAAACCUGUACUCGCUUUAAAAUUACAUUUACAUUAUUUUUUAGUUGACGCUCUGAUCCAGAGCGAUUUACAAGGUUAUUACUAUUAGACAGUUGAGCCAAUGUAGUGUUAGGAGUCUUGCCCGAGGACUCUUAUUGGUGUAGCCCAGCAUUCAGUCACCCAGACCUGGAAUUGAACCCCAGGCCCCCACAUUGUAGCUCACUGGCAGGCGGUGGUGUUAUCCACUGCUUCACACCAAACCCUACUUAAGCUGAGAAAUCAUCAUAGCUGUUCUUCCUGGAUCCUUACAUCAUACAUUUAUGUUCAUUUAUUGAAUCUUAAGGCUGCUUUUCCCAGUUUUCGUUGGUGGUGGACGUAGAAUAUUCAGGUUUUUAAAUAAAAAAAUACAGUAAAUAAAAUAUAUAAAUAAUCCCUGCUGGUCUAUGCAUAGAGAUCAUAAUUGUUUGGUCCAAAAUGUUUCAUUGAUAAGAAAAACAAUCACUCCUCAGUCUCACCCCUCGGUAAGGAAUACUGUUGUAAUACUGUCUGUAAGUCUGUUUGUACUGUAUCUGUGUGUGUUGGGCAUGCCAACUCCACCCUCGCUGGGUACCUGGCUGGGUACCUCCUCACUGUGCCGCACCAAGGCAAUAUUAACGUCCCCGUUUCAGCAUUCGUCCUCAUUUCUGCCCUGAAAAAACGAAGCAGCACCCUCCCCCUCCCCCUGAUCUCCCUUACUCAGAGUCUUAGUAAACCCCAGUAUAAAUAAAAAAAAAAUUCUUAUUUAAGAGUAAAUAUCUAGUUUAUCACGGACAUAUCUGACGUGCGUUACGUAUCUUUGUGGCAUUUAUGGAAAUCGUGCUUCCACUGUGUAGAGACUAGUGUUUAGUCGAAAUGAUGUAUGAUUAUUGAAUAUUAAAUUAUUCUGGGUGAUUACUCCUGUAAUUCUUUAAAAAUGAAGUGUGUGUAUAAUGUAAAAAGAGGCGGAGACAGACAGUGCUGCAUUACUGCAGAUGUACUCAUGUAUUCACUGGGGAACGUGGGGAUUCUGUAGCAUGCAGAGUCCUGGAGUCGCUCGUUCUGUCAGAGUUAUGAGUGAAGAUGACGUGUGCUUUUGUCCUGCUGUGAUGUGUCCCGUAACUUCUGCUGUUGGGUGAAUGAGUCUGUAUAGCAGGACUGCUUUAUUCAACACAAUAAAAAUCAGCGUACCAAAA